CCAAAAGACAAGAUCGAGAAAGAGGCCUCCAGCGGAAUCGUGUACAAGAUAAAAUGUAAAGACUGUGAUUGUGUUUACGUUGGUCAGACAUCGCGCGCACUAAAAGCACGCGUGAAAGAACACACAAAGGCCAUAGCAACAUUGGAUGAAAACUCUUUGUUGGCCAAACACCAUAUGCUUCACAGGCACCAAAUAGAUUUGGAGAGUGUUGGAAUUGUUGACAGAUCAUCGGUGUGGUGACAAAGUCUAAUUCUUGAAGCUUGGCAUUCCAUGCGAGAUAGAAAUGUUAUAAACGAACACAUAACGUUACCAAACAUG